ACCCAGUGAAGAAGAACCUUGUUUUGUUUUUUUUUAGUUUUAGGAUGUAACUAGGUAAAGAUAGCUAGCGUUAGAUAACAGUCUGCUAGGUAUAACUUUAAUGACCGCAGCUACUAGUAGGGCUUCAUAUAUAUUUUGAUUCAUAAAUAUAGACUUCUUCGUUUAAUCGUACUUCUCAUGUAGUUAUUGCUUGCAUUAACCUGCAUCAUGGUUCUGUCGUCUUCUCAGCAAAUUGUGGUGGCGUUUACUGCUGUGGUGUGUGUGUUUGUUGUAUUUCCCCGGUUGUUCGGUGGAGGAGGCGUCGUUAGGGAAACAAAAACGUUCGAACCUCGAUACAGAAAAGGGCCAGGGCCAAACCUGGGUCCUGGCGCUGUGAAGAGUAAGCAGGUCAGCGCUGCAGCCUUCCAAGGGCAAAGCGCAGAAAAUAUGCAGCAAGUGCAACACGUUAAGAAACUGAUGGAACAGGAGCUCAAGAGUGACAAGUACAAAUCCAGCAACAAAGGCUAUGUCAUAACGCUUAUGCCCCUCUAUGCUAUUGGUGUGGGGAUCUUUGCUGCUUACAAAUUUCUCAAGAUAAAGUUUGCAGAUGAUUCUCAGGCCCAGAAGGAGAAAACAGUACAGGGUAUCCAGAAAUCUGAGGAGACAGAGAACCAGCUAAACGAGCUGGAGAAGCGGCUGGCGCAAACGGAAAGGAUGUUAAACUCCAUACUGACACAGCUCGACCCACUAACCAACUGUGUAAAAUCUGUUGCCAUGGAGCAGAAGAAUGAGAUCAUGUCUCAACUACAGUGCAUUCGUCACCUAAUGAAGAAAAGAGGCAUGGAAUGUCCUCCCAUCAACACAGCAGAGGCAUCUUGUGAACGUAAUCUUGACAACCUAAUUGAGUCACUAAGCGCUAUGGAAUACCUUGGUGGGACAUCAGUGAAGCCGCAAACGCCCAUCACCGAGCGCACUUAUCCUCAAAAGCGUUCUGAGCAGGAACUAGAGAGGGGGCCAGAGGGGCAAGACAAACAGGAAGCUGACGAGGGAGAUGAAGAAGAGGUAGAUGGAGGUGGCAACGACGAGAGUGACUCCAGCAUGCCGUCCUUGGAGGAGCUUGAAGGGAGCAGCAUGGAAGAUGAAGGCAUGGUGCUGACUGCUCAGGAGGAGAGGGGGGUGGGGCUACGCAGACGCUACAGGCCUGACUGAAUGAGAGGAGGCUCUUUAUAUUUAUCUACUUAUUUAAUAUCACUGACAGUUUGAUCCAGUUUUCGCCAAUGCACACUGAAGAAGCUUUAUAUCAUGAUGCAAUAAUUUCAAACAUAUUUAUACAUAUUUUUUCCAUGGAAUAAGUUUUGAUUUUUAAUCAAUGUUUGGUUUUUUUGUGGUCGUCUGUGUACUGUUUAUGUAUAUACUCUGCUAUUGACCUGCUUAAGGAUAGCUCUCAAUACUAAGGUGUGCAUUUUACUGAACUGUGGGUUGCAUUGUGCUGGUCAUGCAUUACAUGUUUGUUAGUUAGUUAGUUUUUUUUUUGCGUUUUUUGAUCAUGUUGGGAAAUGUUUUAGAAUUGACUUGGCAGGUUGCAUGACUAUGACUAACAUAUGACUCUCAUAACCUGUAGUUUAAUGUUUUUUAUUUUUGUUUUUGUUUUUUUUAAUUCCUUGACCCCUUUUAUACGGAUUGCCAGUAAGUGCUAAACCAAGUCUAAAUGCUACUACAUAGUGCAAACUCAUCUGGUGGUAUCCUAAUGAGGCUUCAGUUAUGUGGAUACAAGACCUUAUUGACAAUUAAGACUGCUUUCGUGUUUAUGAUUUAUAUAGCUGGAUGUGGAAAUCAUGUAGUCCUGAGCCAGAACAUGAUUGUUUAGAUAUUUUGCCUUGGUGUUAAACUUAUUUGUGUCCCUGGGUUUGGUUUAAAUGGCUAUUUGUCUUAAUGAAGUUAAGGCCUUAAUAUUUAAAGACUUAAUAUUUUAAAUAAAUAUUAUUUGCCUAUCCA